AUGGCACAGGAAUGUAAAGGAUGUUCGGCAGACUUUGAUGACAUACCUCGGGCUCGUAAUGGGUCUGUCUAUUACGCUCGUAAUAGCACACAUCACAUAAUGAAGUUCGCAAAUGCUCAGUUCAACAAUAAAGGAUGCAAUGAGAGCGAACUUGUGUUUCACAAUUCCAACGUGACAAAUUAUCAACAAUGUGCUGGAGCAUGUGCUGACAAUUCUUCGUGCUUCAGCUACUUCUAUCACCCAGACAAACAAGAGUGUCUAGGAUGUCAGUCUGAGUACAGCGUUCUAAGAACCAGUCCAGUGCUGGAAGAGUGGGCCGGCUCAAUGUAUUAUGGACGAUUUCGGUAUCUCGGAUGUUACGUCAACCUUCCUCUAAUUUUGGAAAAUGCCCAUACACAUUUUCCGGGAAUGGUCACUGAAUCAUGUGUCGAACAUUGUAUAAGUGGAGGAUAUUUGUAUGCUGUGACUGAGAGUGGUUCUUGGUGUCAAUGUGGCAACGUCUUCUCACCAAAUACAACACUUACUGAUGAUCUAUGUAACUGGACUUGCGUUGGAAAUGUAGAUCAAUUUUGCGGAGCUACCAACGUAGGAUCAGUGUACAUCAUACAUUACUGGUAA